GUCGGAUCAUAACACCAAAAACGGUUAUGCAAGCAUGUAAUUAUAACCAUAAUUCAAGUUGUGUCUUGCACUGCCAUCUGAUUGAUGAUUGAGAUGGCCAGGUUUCUCGGGCAAUAGCUGCGCAAGAUGGCACACCUGGUCCUCUAUUCAAGAUUGUCUAAGACACUGCACCGCACUGCAUUGCGUUACACGUGUACUGGGCCAGACAACUGGGAGCCGUAAAUGCCGGGUGCGGAAAUCCAUCCUGAGAUGCCUAGGUACCUAGCGCAGACUUCCCUACACCUAUUGCACGGCAGCGUAAGCUUGGGCUCUGGUUGCAUACACUACACUGGAACAAUUAUAUCCACCCCAGCUUACACGGGGGUCGCUCGUUGUGGGCGUUGUUGGUAACGCGAGGCGCGGGGUUGAGGGAGUGCAUGUGUCUCCCGUUGACGAGAUGAAGCGUUGAAGAUCCUCAAUCGAUCCAGGAGAACGCCCGACUGGCGAGCAGGGUGUGAGCAGGCGGGAUCCUCCAAUGCUGGGGUUGGGGGAUUCUACGUUGAUCCAGUGUAAGGGAAGACGACGCAUACAACAAGUAUACGCCUACAUACGCAGAUACACGCGGCCGGAGGUUGGCCGUUAUGAUACACAGCAGGCACCGGCAAUGAGUGACAUGAACAGCAAAGCACAACACAGCUCAGCAUGAUGAUUCUUGGAACCUUCUAAUGUUACUUCGUCUCCCAAGGCAGACAGAUGUUCAGGGCCUGUUCAGGGCCUGUUCUGUGGCCGUCGUCUACUCGUACACCGCAUGGUCUAUUAAACCUCCUUCUCAUGGCGAUUUCGUCCAACCCAGCCGGCCCUGUAAGGCUUUCUUCCUCGGGUCACUCAUUCCGUCUCCGUGUUUCAGACCACCAGAUCAACGGCAUGGUGCGGGAGCAUCUUGUAGCCCGGCCGUUGGGUUUGGAGAGGUUGACUUCUCUGAUUGCGCUUCCGCACCUGUUUGGAGACAGGGAGCAAUUGUUGGUUCAAAUCCUCCUGGUUGAUAAUCGUCUUACUUGCAGCACCAUUGGCGAGCAAUUGGCUCCAAGGGUCCCAGUGUCCCAGGAUCCCAGGGUUCUGCCCUGGUUUCCAGCGCCAAGAGUUAAUGCCAAGAGAGCACGUCUUGCGCCAGGUAAGAAGAAGCCGACUCAAGAGGGCUUAGACGGCAUUUUCUCGACGGCGAUUGGCCUUAUUGCCGAGUGCGGGAGCACCCACUUGGGCAAAUAAGCAUUAAAAGUCCUAUUUUUAUAACAGAGAUGCAGCACGGUGCGGCUAGUAGAUACCGCUUGUGCUUUUCGAAGAGCUCCUCCAACUACCUGAACUUACACUACUUGAACAAUGCACACGUAUGGUGUAUCGGUAAAUAAGGUAGGCAGGCCGUCACAGGUAUCAUCUGAGGAUUUUGGUUUCUGAGCACCUUACGUCACCUCAGCCCGUCGAACGAACGCCUUGGUGAGACGUGCUGUAUGUACAGUAGGAAGAGUGGUACCAGUAUACCGCUAGCUGCAGGGGAAAUCGCCCAGCCCUAGAUCUGUGUCAAUCCGUUCGUUUGGACGCCGCGCCUAUUAAACGUGCGAAGGCGUCUAGCGCUCGGCAGCGGCCCGAGGGGAUGGUGAAGAUGGGGGCCGGUGGAAUCCAAUGUAGGUACACGUUCUACUAUCUCGCGG